CCCUCCCCCUCGGCGGGCGCGCUCGGGCCGCACGGGCAACGCGAGCGCCCGAGCCCCCGCCGGCCUGUGCGCCCCGAGCCGGCAUGGACCCUGAGCGGUGCGCGCCUUUUGGCGUGGGGCCGGGGCCCGGCUCCUACGCAGCCGCAGGGGACGAGCCUACGGGCCCUCAGGGGACCCCGGCCGUUGCGCCUCACCUGCACCCCGCGCCGCCCCGCGGCCCGCGGCUGACCCGUUUUCCGGCCUGCGGACCCCUGGAGCCCUACCUCCCAGAGCCGGCCAAGCCGCCAGCCAAGUACCUGCAGGACCUCGGGCCCGGCCCGGCGCUCAACGGCAGCCACUUCUACGAGGGCUCCGCGGAAGCUGAAGAGAAGGCCUCCAAAGCCGCCAGCUUCCCGCAGCUGCCCUUGGACUGCAGAGGAGGCCCCAGAGACGGGCGCUCUAAUUUGCAAGGCUCUCCGGGCCCCUGCCUGGCCAGCUUACGUGUCCCUCUGUCCCCUGGACUCCCUGAGUCCAUGGAGUUGGCCAAGAACAAGAGCAAGAAGCGCCGUAACCGCACAACCUUCAGUACAUUCCAGCUGGAGGAGCUGGAGAAGGUCUUCCAGAAAACCCACUAUCCUGAUGUGUAUGCCCGGGAGCAGCUGGCUCUGCGCACAGACCUGACGGAGGCGCGGGUACAGGUCUGGUUCCAGAACCGCAGAGCCAAGUGGCGGAAGCGAGAGCGUUAUGGGAAGAUCCAGGAGGGGCGGAACCCCUUCACAGCUGCCUAUGAUAUCUCUGUGCUGCCCCGCACCAACAGCCACCCCCAGCUGCAGAACUCCCUGUGGCCCAGCCCAGGGUCAGGGAGCCCUGGGGGCCCCUGCCUGGUGUCUCCAGAGGGCAUCCCCUCCCCAUGCAUGUCUCCAUACUCCCACUCCCAUGGGAAUGUGCCUGGCUUCAUGGGGAUGCCAGCCUCCCCUGGAACCCACCCUGGCAUCUACUCCAUCCACGGCUUUUCCCCCACCCUGGGGGCCCACAGCUUUGAGCCCUCCCCAGACGGCAACUACAAGUCUCCAGGCCUCGUCUCACUCAGGGUGAAGCCCAAGGAACCACCCAGCUUGCUGAACUGGACUACGUGAUCGGCCACGUGACAGACUCUGCCGCUUACCCCCUUUUCUGUUCCCAGCUGCUCCUACCCCAC